AUGGAUAAUCAUACCUCUGAGUUUCUUCUCUCGGAAUUGUCAAAGAUUUGGGAGCUACAGGUUAUUUAUGUAACUUUAUUACUGAUACUAUAUUUCAUGACGGUAACAGGGAGUCUUCUCAUCAUCACUGCUGUUGUUUUUGACCACCACCUUCACACCCCCAUGUACUUCUUUAUGAUGAACUUAGCGAUACAGGACAUUGGUUCAGUUUCAGUUAUUAUCCCCAAAGCUGUUUUUAAUUCUCUGAUGAAAAUAAGGACUAUAUCUUAUUCAGGGUGUGUUGCUCAAGUCUUCUUGUUUCUUUUCUUCCUGAGCUCUGAUGUUGCCCUCCUGACUGUCAUGGCCUAUGAUCGGUAUGUUGCCAUUUGUAAUCCUUUGCAAUAUGAAUUAGUAAUGAACAGGAAGGCCUGCUUCAUAAUGCUUGACAGCGUGUGGAUAGCUACUUUUCUUAAUGCUGCAUUACAAACUAUUGAAACAUUUUCAACUCCUUUCUGCUCUAAUAUUGUCAAUCAGUUCUACUGUGAAAUCCCACCUUUACUUAAGAUUGCUUGCUCUGGUUCAUAUCUAACUGAAAUUGGAGUUCUAAUGUUCAGUAUUACAUUAGGAUUUGGAUGUUUCAUCUUCAUUGUUAUUACGUAUGUGAAGAUCUUCUCUGCUGUUCUGAGAAUUCCUUCUGUUCAAGGAAGGAAAAAGGCCUUCUCCACUUGUCUACCUCACCUCAUUGUUUUCUCCGUAUUUAUGUUUACUGGUUGCUUUGCCUAUCUGAGGCCCAUAUCUGACAAACGAUCACAUCUUGAUUUUAUAAUUACAAUACUGUAUUCCAUAAUUCCAUCCAUGCUGAAUCCAUUAAUCUACAGCAUGAGAAACAAAGAUUUUAAAGCUGCUCUUUCAAAACUUCUGUGGUUAUUUCUUUUUGACAAAACAGUGAACAGUGUAUCUACCUUUGAUCUGUGA